AUACUGCUUUAGUGUCAAAAAUGUCAUAAAGUUCUGGCAUGCACUUGUUAGGUUAGAUUUGAUUUUAUUCAAAUUUGUUCGUUAUUUAGAACAAAACGUUUCAAAAUGAAUGGUUUUAACGACAAUAAAUUACCCGAUUUUGGGGAUGACGUAGAAGUUAUUUAUAUGCAAGAUGAAUUAGAAGACCUAGUCGACGAAGAGGAAACUGAAUCAUUUCCAGGAGCUGAUGAAAUUGAGACAUCAGACUUAGAUAGCGAUAUUAUUUUUGAUGCCGAAGUAGUCGAUUUAUCAAAAUUAUCCUUUUGCGGGCAUUCUAGUUCAGUGUUUUGUGGCGAUUUGAGCCCUGAUGGAGAAAUUGUCGCGACGGGAGGUGGAGAUGAUAUUGCUUAUAUUUGGCGAUCGAGUAAUGGAGAAGUUUUACUGGAAUGUACGGGUCAUAAAGACUCCGUAACUGAGGUUGCUUUUAACUACAAUGGUCAAUAUGUUGCUACGGGUGAUAUGGGGGGGUUGAUUCAAGUUUGGAAUGUUUCUGAGAAGUUGUUGGUUUGGUGUUUUGAAGGGGAUGAUUUGGAAUGGUUAACUUGGCAUCAUGCUGCUAAUGUUUUAAUCGCUGGAUCUCAAUCGGGUGAUGUUUUUGUUUGGCAAAUCCCACAAGGGAAUUCCAAAGUUUUGGGUUCACAUGGAAGUACUUCUACAUGUGGAAAGUUAUUGCAGGAUGGUAAAAGAAUUGUCGUUGGUUAUGGUGAUGGAAAUCUUAAAUUGUGGGAUAUAAAAGAAGCUUCUGUUAUUUGGCAAAUACCUGAUUUGGUCGAUAUUACUUCUAUUGAAACUAAUUCUGAUGGAUCUUUAUUAGCUAUAGCACCUGUAUCUAAAGUUAUUAAAGUUUCUGAUGGUAAAGUUAUAGGUGAUUAUUGUACUACAGAAAAACCGGACAUAGAGGCAAUACUUUUUGAGGAUGAGUUGGGGAUUUUAGUCACCGGUUGUUUAUCUGGACAAAUUUCUGUUUGGGAUGUAGGAAAGAAAACACUUCGCCAUAAAACUGAAAUUGGAUUUACUAUAACGUGUUUCGCAUGGGGAACAAAGGGUAUAUUAGUUGUUGGCACCACCAAUGGAUCUAUUUAUAUAUACGACGUGCGAUCGGGGACUAUUUUACGCACUAUAACAGGACAUAAAGAUGAUAUUUUAAGUAUGAAAGUAGCUAAAGAUAAAAGUUUUGUACUCACCACUUCUGAUGAUUGCUCAGCGAAAGUAUUUAAUAUUAACUCUAAUUAAAAUAAGAAAAGAACUGUUUGUAUUUUGAUCUAUUUGUUAAU